AUGGCGGUGAGUCCGGGCGCCUCCUGGAGGAGCGGACGCGGGAUGCAUUUCAUCUUCUCAGAUGAGGUAGUGCUUCUCUUUGAUUUCUGGAGCGUCCACAGUCCUACAGGCAUGGCCCUUUCAGUGUUGGUCAUCCUGCUUCUGGCGGUGUUGUAUGAAAGCAUCAAGGUUGGCAAAGCCAGGCUGCUCCACCAGGCCCUGAUGAACCUGUCCAUCCCCACCAGCCAGCAGCUUAUCGAAGAGGCAGAUCAGGAUUCUUCAAGCUCAGACUCCCUGCCUGUCAGCAGAAGCCCUCUCAGGUGGUUUUUGUGUCACUUCGGCCAGUCUCUGCUCCAUGUCGCUCAGGUGGUCGUUGGCUACUUCAUGAUGCUGGCGGUUAUGUCCUACAACACCUGGAUUUUCUUCGGCGUGGUCCUGGGCUCAGGUGUGGGCUACUACCUAGCCUACCCACUUCUCAGCUUGACUUAG